AUCUGUGAAGUCCAUGUUGAGCAAAAGGGUUACUUAGUUUUUGUGUUCGUGAAUUGUGCUGUGUCCCCUUAAUGAGUGAGAACCACUUAGCCUAUUUGGAAAGCUUAGCGUUUUUCUGUGGAUGACUGGCUUGUAGGACAGAACCAGGAGCGAUGGCCCACCCUGUAUGUCAUUCACAACAACCAGCUUCCAGCAUCAGUUCUUCAUCCUUCUAAUGGAGAUUCAGCAGCACGGGAGGAGGUUGUUGUGGAAGACCAUGUACCAGAUGUAGUCAGAUAGAUCAUGCCUUUUAACCUCAUUCUGCCACACUCGGACAUAACCUUGCUAAUGUCCUAGUCAUGUCUCAAGCCAACAAAUGUGAAAAUAGAAGUCUAACCAUCAAGGAGGCAGUGACCAUGGAGGAUGUAACUGUGAACUUCACCAAGGAGGAGUGGGCUGUGCUGAAUCCAUCCCAAAAGAAGCUCUACCGAGAUGUGAUGUGGGAAACAUACAGGAAUAUAAAUGCUAUAGGAAGGAAGUGGGACAACAAGACAAUGGAAGAAGAAUACAAAAAUUGCUCAACAAACAUAAGAACUGAAGAGGGAACAAAGUGCUAUCAAUAUAAAAUGUGCAAUCAAAAUGAAAAUAUAAUCCUUCAGACUUCAGGUGCUAAUGGGGACAUGCAACAAGGUGCUCUUGAGACAGCCGGAAGUCUUUGUAGUGAGGCCCUGAUUGGUCAUUUAUCAUUAAAUGAGCUCAUUUUGCCUCACACUGCAGAGAAGCCACAUGAACAUUUGGCAUUUGAUGACAAGCUGAAUCAAUGGAAUGAACAUGGAAAAACCUGCAAUGAUUUCCAGCUUUUUCAGAAACAUGCAAGGACAGAGAGUGGAGAGAAACCCUAUGAGCCUGAGCAAUGUGGGAAAAUGUCCUCUGAACUGAGUGAUAGAACACACCCUGGAGAGAAGACCAUUGUUGGUCAGAAAAGAGUGAAAGCCUCCAGCACCCGCAGUGGUUUUCAAGUUCAUGAAAGAAUUCACGCUGGGAAGAAACCAUAUGUAUGCAAGCAAUAUGGAAAAACCUUCAACACCCAACCUGGUAAAACUGUGGAAAGGAUUCACAUGCAGGAGAAACCCUAUGCCUGUAAGCAGUGUGGAAAAGCAUUCCGUACACACAGUUGCUGCCAGAGACAUGAAAGAAGUCACACUGGGGUGAAACCCUAUGUAGGUAAGCACAGUGGGAAGUUAUUCAGCAGACACACUCAAUGUCAAAGGCAUGAAAGGACUCACAAAGGGGAGAAACCUUAUGUAUGUAAACUAUGUGGGAAAGCUUUCAGCAGACACCGUUAUUGUCAGGUACAUGAAAGAACUCACACUGGGGAGAGACCUUAUGUGUGCAAGCAAUGUGGAAAGGCAUUCACUACACACCAGUCUUGUCAAGUACAUGAAAGUAUACACAGUGGGGAGAAACCCUUUUUGUGCAAACAAUGUGGAAAAUCAUUUGCUACACAUCAAUCUUGUAAAAUACAUGAAAGAAUACACACUGGGUUGAAACCUUAUGUGUGUAAGCAGUGUGGGAAAGCAUUCAGUACAAAGACUUAUUGUCACAUACAUGAGAAAAACCACACAGGGGUAAAACCUUAUGUGUGCAAACACUGUGGGAAGGCAUUCAAUAUACACCAGUCUUGUCAAAUACAUGAAAGAACUCACACUGGGGAGAAACCUUAUGUGUGCAACCAAUGUGGCAAGGCGUUCAGAACACACCAGUCAUGUCGAGUACAUGAAAGUAUACACACUGGGAAGAAACCUUAUGUGUGCAAGCAAUGUGGGAAGGCAUUCAAUACACACCGAUCUUGUCAAAUACAUGAAAGAACUCACACCGGGGAGAAACCUUAUGUGUGCAAGCAAUGUGGAAAAGCAUUCAAUGCAUACCAAACUUGUAAGAUACAUGAAAGAAUUCAUACUGGAAAGAAACCUUAUGCAUGCAGGCUUUGUGGUAAGGCAUUUUCUACAAACAAAUCUUGCCAACAACAUGAAAGCACACACACUGGGAAGAAACCAUAUGUGUGCAAGCAAUGUGGAAAUGCAUUCAUUCAAAGGGGUAAUUUUAAAAGACAUGAGCGAACUCACACUGGGGAGAAACCUUAUGUGUGCAAGCAAUCUGGAAGAAGUUUGUUGCUCUUCUUAAGUUCAACCUGGGCUCACAGUGGAGCAGGAGCCAAUCAGAGGCGAAGGCGUGACUGUCUGUAUUACCCAAUCAGAAAGUACAGGGAGGAGGGUUCUUCCGGUGUCAUGGCGCCAUAG